CCCAGUCAAGAGAGCCGUUGAUAAGACCGAAGCUCGGCACAAACGCGCUCCUUCCCCGGCAACGCUGAAGCUUUUAUCGCUUCUACGCAGCUCUCGUAUUUCUGGAAUAAAUAGACGCGAGUUCCCCGCCGGACUCCCCAAACUGGCCGCUUUGGAGACUUUUCAGCCUGGCGGGAAUGGAAUAAGAAACCCGUUGGAGUUGGACGUCCAGACGCUGAAGGCCCUAAGCUAGCAUUGUUUGCUAACUAGCCGGCUGCUAUUUUUGCUAGCACAGGUCCCACCACAGAGGCUAAUUUUGCGCUUUCGUUUAUAUAUUUUUGUAAGGAAACAGCCGACUAACCACUACAAUCUUACGAUUUAUUGACUUUGUGAGAGUUUUUAGUGGUUUUCUUUGCUAAUAAAGUCAAUUGAGGAACUAGCAAGAGGGGGUUUCUGAGCGCUGAUGAGAGCUUUUCAUUCGGCGGGGGGAUGACUUGUGAGUCAAGUUCUCACAUUGUGGUCACGGCGGACUAGUUGAUGAUCCGACAUCUGUGAAACCCGGUCCAGACUUUCCAGAGGCCUCCGCAGACUCACAGGAUUGCGCUAACACAUCGCUGGGUCUAGUACCCCCACUUCCCCGUCCUCUUGUCUGCUGGCCACACGGCCCAGUGUGUCCAAUGGAGGACCAUGACAACAUGGACUAUUUCUACCAGCAGGUGUUGCAGAAGGAUGUCACCCGCAGGCUGCAGGUCGGCCAGGAUCUUAUCGACUAUCUGAGGGACGCUAGUCGGUCCCCUGACGUGGAGCAAGACAAACCCCGGCUGGAUAAAACUGUGGAUGAGCUGACUGGAUGGGUGAACUCCAGCAACUUCAAGGUGGCGCUGUUGGGAAUCGACAUCUGCACUGCGUUUGUGGACCGCAUGGGAGAGCGCUUCAGAGGGUACCUGGGCACAGUCCUGCCAGCCUUGGUGGACCGACUGGGAGAUGGGAAGGACCAGGUCCGGGAGAACAGCCAAAUGCUCAUCCUCCACUGCAUGGAGCAGACGGCCUCGCCCAUGUAUGUUUGGGAACGACUCCUUCCAAGUUUUAAACACAAGAACUUCCGCAGCCGAGAAGGACUCUGCCUCUGCCUCAGUGCCACGCUCAGAUUGUAUGGAUCUCAGUCAUUGAGCCUCAGUAAAAUAGUUCCUCAUCUCUGCACUCUGACCGGAGACCAAAACCCUCAGGUACGAGAGGCCUCCAUAACCACAAUAGUGGACAUUUACAGACACGUUGGCGAGAGGGUUCGGGCCGACUUGGCAAAGAGAGGACUGCCUGCUGCACGGUUACAGACCAUAUUCGCCCGCUUUGAUGAAGCUUUGAAUUCAGGCAACAUGGCUCUCAGCCCGAGUCACGAUCGUAGUUUCGAUGAUGACGACAGCGUGGAUGGCAAUCGCUCCUCCUCUGCAUUCAAGGUCCCCAAAGUUCCCAAGAAGGCGGUGGAGUCUUCGUCCGCACGCAGGCCCAGUGCGACCAGCGCUAAGCUAGGGUCCAAGGAGAGUGCGGGGGCCGUGGAUGAAGACGACUUUGUCAAAGCCUUCACAGACGUUCCCGCUGUCCAGAUCUACUCGUCCAGGGAUCUCGAGGACAACCUGAACAAGAUCAGGGAGAUCUGCUCCGAUGACAAACACGACUGGGACCAGCGAGCAAAUGCCCUGAAAAAGAUCCGAUCCCUGCUGGUGGCCGGCGCCACCGGCUACGACUGCUUCUACCAGCACCUCCGCCUCCUGGAUGGAGCCUUCAAGCUUUCCGCGAAAGACCUGCGCUCCCAAGUGGUCCGAGAGGCCUGCAUCACCGUGGCCCAUCUUUCUUCCGUGCUGGGGAACAAAUUCGACCACGGGGCCGAAGCCAUCGUACCGGUCCUCUUCAACCUCAUCCCCAACUGUGCCAAAGUCAUGGCCACCUCCGGCGUGUCUGCCAUCCGCAUCAUCAUACGGCACACGCAUGUCCCGCGACUCAUCCCCUUGAUAACCAGCAACUGCACCUCCAAGUCUGUGGCUGUGAGAAGGCGCUGCUACGACUUCUUGGACCUCCUACUACAGGAGUGGCACACCCAUUCUCUGGAGAGGCACACAGCCGUUUUGGUGGACAGCAUCAAGAAGGGCAUUCGAGAUGCAGACUCUGAGGCCAGAGUGGAAGCCCGCAAGGCUUACUGGGGCCUGAGGAACCACUUCCCCGCCGAGGCAGACGCCCUCUACAACUCCCUGGAGUCGUCCUACCAGAGGACGCUUCAGUCCUGCCUGAAGAGCUCUGGCAGCGUGGCUUCGCUUCCUCAGAGCGACCGGUCGUCGUCGUCGUCGCAGGAGAGCCUCAAUCGCCCUCUGUCGUCCAAGUGGUCAGCAGCUCCGGGCCGAGUCCUCAUGGGUUCAAAGAGCGCGGCGCCGUCCGCCUCCCUGCAGCGUUCCCGCAGCGACGUGGACGUAAACGCCGCCGCGGUCGCUAAGCAGCGGCACGUCGUGCAGGCCAAGGCAGCUUCCCGCAUGCCCCCUGGCUCCUACUCCUCACUGGAUGAUGCCUCUGAUAAAACGGAUGGCCGCGUGCGCACCAAGCAGCCCCUGUCCACCCCCAGCAGCAUGUCCAACCAGGUGGAUUCCAGAGGGCGGAGUCGAACCAAGAUGGUCUCCCAGUCACAACGUUCAGAAGAAUCCGAUUGCACACCAGGAUCGCAGUCCGCUAACCAAGCCGGUGCGGGCAGUCGCAGUGGCUCGCCCGGCCGCGUGCUGACCACCACCACGCUGAGCACCAUGAGCUCGGGGGCCCACCGGGUGCUGUCGGGGACCACCGUGGACGGCCGCAGGCGAAGCCGCAUCCCUCGCAGCCAGGGCUGCUCCCGAGACUCCUCGCCCACCCGCCUUUCCGUCGCUCCCUCCAGCAUUAGCUCCGUCUACAACGGCGCCAGCAGAGGAGCUCGGGGCAGUCGUAUUCCUCGGCCCAGUAUGAGUCAGGGCUGCAGCCGCGAGGCCAGCAGGGAAAGCAGCCGGGACACCAGCCCCGUACGCUCCUUCGCACCCCUCGCCACGCGGAGCUACUCUCGCUCCACUGGAGCUCUCCACACACCUGACGCUUUUGGGGCUGCAGGGUCGGCUUUUGGCAUCGGCCAGUCCGGCCGCCUGUCGUCCUCAGUCAGCGCCAUGAGGGUCCUCAACACCGGCUCCGAUGUAGAAGAGGCUCUCGCAGAUGCGCUGCUGUUGGGAGACAUGCGAUCUAAGAAGAAGCCAGCACGGCGGCGGUACGAAAACUACAGCAUGUACUCUGACGACGACGCCAACAGCGACGCCUCCAGCGCCUGCUCGGAAAGAUCCUACAGCUCCCGUAACGGGGGCUCCAUCCCGACCUACAUGAGGCAGACGGAGGACGUAGCAGAGGUGCUGAAUCGCUGCGCCAGCGCCAACUGGUCUGAGAGGAAAGAGGGCCUGUUGGGUCUCCAGGCCCUGUUGAAGAACCAGCGCACCCUCAGCCGCGUGGAGCUGAAGAGGCUGUGCGAGAUCUUCACUCGAAUGUUUGCCGACCCGCACAGCAAGCGAGACUCCGGCAGGGUGUACGGCACGGCAGAAUCCGGUAUAAGCUCAGCCUCCUUCAAGAGAGUGUUCAGUAUGUUCCUGGAGACCCUGGUGGAUUUCAUCCAGGUCCACAAGGACGACCUGCAGGACUGGCUGUUUGUCCUGCUCACGCAGCUGCUGAAGAAGAUGGGAGCAGACCUGCUGGGCUCCGUGCAGGCCAAAGUUCAGAAGGCGCUGGACGUUACGCGCGAGUCCUUCCCCAAUGACCUCCAGUUCACCAUCCUCAUGAGGUUCACCGUGGACCAAACGCAGACUCCCAACCUCAAGGUGAAGGUGGCCAUCCUGAGGUACAUCGAGACGCUGACGCUGCAGAUGGAAGCCCCCGACUUUGUCAACUCCAGCGAGACUCGGCUGGCCGUCUCCCGCAUCAUCACCUGGACGACCGAACCCAAGAGCUCGGAUGUCCGAAAGGCGGCCCAGUCGGUGCUGAUCGCCCUCUUCCAGCUCAACACCCCCGAGUUCACCAUGCUGCUGGCGGCGCUGCCCAAAACCUUCCAGGACGGCGCCACCAAGCUGCUUCAGAACCACCUGAAGAACACGGGCAACGCUGCACAGGCAUCUAUGGGCAGCCCUCUGGCACGCCACACCCCCCGCUCUCCAGCCAGCUGGCCAAGCCCGGUGACCUCCCCCACCAACACCUCGCAGAACACCCCCUCACCAAGUGCAUUCGACUACGACACCGAGAACAUGAACUCCGAGGACAUCUACAGCUCGCUGAAAGGCGUCACCGAGGCCAUUCAGAACUUCAGCGUCCGCAGCCAAGAGGACAUGAACGACCCGCUUCAGCGCCGCGACGGAGACGAGGGGGGCAGCGGCGUGGACGGCAGAGGCCCGGAAUCCAUGGACGGGGGCCGCAUGGCGCUGGACAACAAGACGUCCCUCCUCAACACGCCCCUGCUGUCCUCCAGCCCGCUAGGGGACCGCAGGCUCCUGAUGGACUCGCCGUUUAAACUGAGCCGCAAGGACAGCAGCCUGGACGACUCGGAGCAGCUCAUGGACGACAGCGGCCUGGACCAAUCGGAGCUGAUGGCCGAGCUGCUGAAGGAGCUGUCCAAUCACAACGAGCGCAUCGAGGAGCGGAAGGCGGCGCUGAGCGAGCUGCUCAAGCUGAUCCACGAAAACACCCUGCAGGUGUGGGACGAGCAUUUCAAGACCAUCCUGCUGCUGCUGCUGGAGACCAUGGGCGACAGAGAGCACGUCAUCCGGACCCUGGCGCUGCGGGUUUUGCGGGAGAUCCUCGGCAAGCAGCCCUGGAGGUUCAAGAACUACGCCGAGUUGACCAUCAUGAAGGCCCUGGAAGCACACAAGGACCCCCACAAGGAGGUGGUACGAGCGGCAGAGGAGACGGCGGCCAUGUUGGCGCUGUCCAUCUCCCCCGACCAGUGCAUCAAAGUGCUGUGUCCCAUCAUCCAGUCCGCAGACUACCCCAUCAACCUGGCCGCCAUCAAGAUGCAGACCAAGGUGGUGGAGAGGAUCCCUCGAGACAGCCUGGCGGGACUUCUGCCCGAGGUGGUGCCGGGGCUCAUCCAGGGUUACGACAACUCGGAGAGCAGCGUGAGGAAAGCCUGCGUCUUCUGCUUGGUGGCCAUCUACGCCGUGAUCGGGGAGGACCUCAAGCCGCACCUCAGCCAGCUCUCCAGCGGCAAGCUGAAGCUUCUGAACCUCUACAUCAAGCGCGCCCAGUCUGGUUCCAGCGGCGGCGACCCGGCGUCUGAGGGCCUAUAGGGGGAACAGCGCCCUCUUGUGGGUGGAGGGGGGGCCGACCGCGGAACUGCUACGCUGCCUGUUUUGCAAAACAUUAGCACACACACGCACACGCACACACACACGCCAAGAACAAAAACACAUCUGCACACUUGUGGACUUGAGUCUGGACUUGAGAGUGACACAUUAAACCCCCCCCCCCCCCCCCCCCCGCCGCCCUCCCCCCUCAAGAUGGGAUACAUGACAUCCUCCACCCCUUCACCUGUUGUCACUCAUGGAUCAUGAAGAUAAAGAAAUGGCCGUCCUCUUUGCCCCCCCCCCCCCCCCCCCACCUUGUUUGCGUCUUGCCCACCCCCCUCCUCGUUGAAGAGUAGCUAACCGGGUUUCAUUUGGGCCACUUUCUUUUAUUCCCACACGACCGCCGCUCCCCGCCCCUGCACCCAAAAGUGGGUGUGGCCUUCUUUCCAGUACUUAUGGUACAGAAGCAGAUUAGUUCUUGGUGAUGCAUGACCAUUUUUUUUUUUUUAUUCUUUAUUUUAUUUGAGUCGCGUCACCAGUCGUAAGAACGUGAACGCGCUUCUACAUUUAAGUCGGGAAAAUAAAUUGUCCGCCCCUUUCAGGAACACCCCCCCACCCACCCACCCCCCAACCCCCAAAUAAUUAUUACAAUAUAUGGUAUUAAAAUGGAGUAUGUCAUUUAGGAAAGUACUCCUGGGGGGGGGGGGUGUCCAUCGUUGGUUUUAUUUGUCUCUCGCCACCCCUUAACCCCCGCCCCCCCGGAUGAGAAAUACAAUUUAUUCUUUUACAGCUCUGGAAACAAAAAUGUCCCCCCCCCGCUCUCUACUACUUCUAAACUAGUACUCUCCUACUACUACUACUACUACUACUACUACUCGCUUGUGUCUUUUGUUUCCUUCAUGUAAUAUUUUAGUUUUCACUGUUGUGUUCUACCCCCCCCCGCCCCCCCCUCCUGUGUAUUUACAGAAUGUGCUUACAAU